AUGGCCACGGUUCUUACGAGAAAGGUGAUCUUGAAGAGCUCCGACGGCGUUGCUUUUGAGAUCAACGAAGCGGUGGCUUUCAAGUCGCUAGUGAUUAAGUUCGCAAUAGAAUAUUGCGGCGAUAGUUUCAUUCAGUUUCCCGAUGCUAGCAAUGAGAUUCUGGAGAAUAAUUCUGCUUUCGGCUUUCAGGCUGCAAAUUGUCUGAAUAUCAAGAGCUUGUUGGACCUGACUUGCCAGACAGUUGCGAACAUGAUCAAGGAAAAAACCCCUGAAGAAAUUAAGAAAAUAUUCAAUAUAAAAUAUUUUACCCCGGAGGAGAAAGAGGAAAUCCGCAUGGAGAACCAGUGGGCCUUCGAGUGAAAGAUUUAACCGCUUGAUUACAUUUGUGAUGAUGGUUGUUUCCUCGUUUUCAUCCAUCCAAGUUUAUUUUGCAAACUCAUGUCAAAAUGUGGUUUAGUCUGAGCAAGGGUCAUUGUAAUUCCUCCCAUCCAAGUGGGAAAACUUGAAUCCUAUUCUUAUAAUAGUAGUAUAAAAUUAUGCCAGCAUUAAAAUAGCA